UUUCGGUUAUCGUGAAUAAAUAAAUAACUUUAAUUGUUAACCAUUUAAAUCACUGAUACAAUAUCAAAAACGUCAUUAGUCACGCAAGUAAAGCAGACGCACCGGUUUGGGUAAUGUAGUUCACGUGCCGGUGACGCCCCCUUGAUUUCAGGGUAUUACGUACUUCAUUAACCAGAAGCCACCGAGGCGCUCGAGCUGCGAUACGCAAGGAAUCAUGAAUUACGCUCGGUUUUUGACAGCUGUCAGCGCAGCCAGAAAGCCCUCGCCCAUUAGGAUGCUGACCGAGCUGCAGCAGCGCUCGCCACCAUCCCUUAUCUCCCUGGCUGGAGGAGCACCCAACCCAAACACCUUCCCUUUCCAGUCAGCGUCCAUUAAGGUGAAAAACGGAGAGACAGUGACAUUUGAUGAGACGGCGAUGAAAAGGGCUCUGCAGUACUCCGCUUCUAACGGAAUUCCUGAGCUGCUGACAUGGAUGAAGAACCUCCAGAAGAACCUCCACAACCCUCCGACAGCAAACUUCUCCCCUGAGAACGGCCAGAUGGACAUGUGUGUGACCACAGGGAGCCAGGAGGGGCUCUGUAAGGUGUUUGAGAUGCUGGUCAACCCCGGAGACAACGUCCUGCUGGAUGCACCUACAUAUUCAGGCACUCUUGCAGCACUCCAGCCGAUGGGAUGCAACUUAAUCAAUGUUCCCAGCGAUCAGCACGGUAUGAUACCUGCUGCACUUAAGGAGGUUUUGUCUCGUUGGGACCCCUCAGAGGUCCAAAAGCCUGGUAGUGAUGCUCCCAAGAUCCUAUACACCAUCCCCAAUGGGGGAAACCCCACCGGUGCAUCCAUGACGACUCAGAGGAAGCAGGAAGUGUACGAGUUGGCCCGGCAGUAUGACAUGCUCAUCAUCGAGGACGACCCCUACUACUUCCUGCAGUUUGAAAAGCCAUGGGCACCGACGUUUCUCUCCAUGGACGUUGACGGGAGGAUCAUCAGGACAGACUCGUUCUCCAAGAUCCUGUCUUCAGGGCUGAGGAUCGGUUUUGUGACCGGACCCAAGCCUCUGGUAGACCGUGUGGUGCUGCACAUCCAGGCCUCCACAAUGCACACAAGCACCUUCACACAGCUCAUGGUGUCUCAGUUGCUGCACAGCUGGGGGCAGGAGGGUUUCCUCCAGCACAUAGACAGGGUGAUUGAUUUUUACAGCAAACAGCGAGAUGCAAUGAUCAGCUCUGCAGACAAGUGGCUCAAAGAUGUAGCAGAGUGGCACACCCCGUCAGCAGGUAUGUUCCUGUGGAUGAAACUGAAGGGUAUAGCAGAUACUCAGCAGCUCAUCAUGGAGAAAGCUCUGGAGAAAGAGGUGUUGCUGGUUCCUGGAGGCGUCUUCAUGAUCAACAGCAGUGACCCCUGUCCCUACGUCAGAGCGGCCUUUUCACUGUCCACACCAGAGCAGAUGGAUGAGGCCUUCAGAAGACUUUCCUCUCUCAUCAAAGAAGCUUUAUGAUCAAAGAGUGUCUCCCCCCCCCCAUAAUAGAUGCUGUAUUUAAAUGUAUUUUUGAAGCUUUUAUGUUAAAAUGUUAAAUAAAAUUUGAAUGUAUUUUGUCA